AUGCACAUUAAACUCACCUAAACUUUGCUCAAACUCUUUGUAAACAUGUUAGCAGCCCGUUUAGCUUAACAAAUAGACUGGAUGGCAAUAUUCAGUCACCAUAUACCAACUCUGAUGCUGGGAGCCAUGAACAAACGUCUUACUUUCAUGAAAUACAAUGGGACAUAAGGCACAAUGGCGCCAGCACUGGAAGACAGAGGAAACUACGGCAUCAGUGAAGGGUCAAAACACACACAUUGCCUUGAUCUCCCAAUUUAUCCAAAACUCGCCAAUGCCAUCUGGUGGCGCAUUUAAAUCACUAGCCUACAUCUACAUUGACUUUAUCCAACAUUUCACGCUGAAGUUUCCUUUCCCUCUCUCUCUCCCACAGACUCCUCUCGAAGUUUCAACAUCUGAACGUUUCUACUUCCGGUUCACUUGACGCAACAUUUGUUUACCCAUCCGGGACUUGUUGUUCUUUAGUUUUUACCGCUCCUAACCAAAUGAACUCCUUCAAAACAUUCUCAUCGGGUAAGUACCCAAUGUCCCACAGAGACUAUAAAAGAUCUUCGUCCUGAGAAGCAAGAUCUCGUCCACGUUAAACAGAAGGAGAAGUCCGACAUGCAGUGGAUCAAACAGGAGAAGGAGCCAGAGAUCCCUGACAUUAAAGAAGAAAAACUGGAAGUUGAAAUCCUCAAGUUUCCAAUGGGUGUCAGUGUAAAGAGCGAAGAAGACGAAGGUCCAAGUGAUGAGAGCGGAGCAGCGAAAGCUUCGAGCGACAUCUCAUUUCAGCACCUGACAACAAAAGGAGAGCGACGAUUGCAACCGGACGGCCUCUUAGGUCCGCUUUCGGACAGCGACGACAUAACGUCACAUUCUUCUGACUUUAAUACUGAUAAAGAGGAGGAUGACUUUGACCAAAACGCUUCAAAAUCCUUAGACAAGUCACCAUUGAAAAGAGACGCAAAAGAAGACGCGGUUGGGAAACCUUUUCCCUGCUCACUUUGUGUUCAAUCAUUUCCUUGGAAAUGCAAUUUAAAGGCACACAUGCGUACUCACACUGGAGAGAAGCCUUUUGCCUGCACAAUUUGUGGUAAACGAUUCAUCGAGAAGGGUAGUUUAAACAAACACAUAAGAACACACACUGAAGAGAAGGCUUAUGCCUGCACACUUUGUGAUAAAAAAUACUCCACGAAGGCAAAAUUAAACAUUCACACAAGAACACACACUGGAGAGAAACCUUUUGCCUGCACACUUUGUGAUAAAAAAUUCUUCACGAAGGCAAAUUUAAACAUUCACACAAGCACACACACUGGAGAGAAGCCUUAUGCCUGCACACUUUGUGGUAAAAGAUUCAUCGAGAAGAGUAAUUUAAACAAACACACAAGAACACACACUGGAGAGAAGGCUUUUGCCUGCACACUUUGUGGUAAAAGAUUCACCCGGAAGGGAGAUUUAAACAAACACACAAUCACACACACUGGAGAGAAGCCUUUUGUGUGCACGUGUUGUGGUAAACAAUUCACUCAGAAGGGAUAUUUAAUAUUGCACACAAGAAACCACAUUGGAGAGAAGCCUUUUGCCUGCACACUUUGUGGUAAAAAAUUCUUCACGAAGGCACAUUUAAACAUUCACACAAGAACACACACUGGAGAGAAGCCUUUUGCCUGCACACUUUGUGAUAAAAAAUACUUCACAAAGACAAAUUUAAAAAUUCACACAAGAACACACACUGGAGAGAAACCUUAUGCCUGCACACUUUGUGAUAAAAAAUACUUUACAAAGGUAAAUUUAAACAUUCACACAAGAACACACACUGGAGAGAAGCCUUUUGCCUGCACAAUUUGUGGUAAAAGAUUCAGCCAUAAGGGAGUUUUAAACAAACACACAAGCACACACAAUUGAGAGAAGCCUUUUGUGUGCACGUGUUAUGAUAAACGAGUCACUCAGAAGGGACAAUUAUGAGUGCACACAAGCAACCACACUAUAGAGAAGCCUUUUGCCUGCACAUUGUGCGACAAAAGAUUUUCUUGAAAGACUAAUUUAGAAAUACAUAAGCGCAAAUGCACUGAAAUACAUAAUAUGAAAUGACAUAAAGAACGAAAUGAUUUUUCAUGGGGCUGUUCUUUUUCACAACCAUCAAAUAUAUAUGGCGGAAAACACACACAAGGCUGAAAAAGCUGUUUCUGCUCUUGCACCCUUCUUUUCAAUGAACUGCAGUAUUUUAAGCCAAAAGACCUGUUGUGUUUGAGGGAACAAUAUAUGCUGCCAUAGCAGUUUCAUGGCGCAUUAUGCCCCCGGACUAUUUUUAAUUUGUCCGUUUUACCCUGGAAACCACCGUUUACAGACACUGAACAACUGAUUUUGUUUCAUUCUUUCAUUUGUUUCAUUGCUGCCGCUGUGCUCGCUGUGGAUAGUCUUCUGUUGCGUUCGGGAAAUUAUGUCACACUUCCGGGUUUGGGAAUACAGUAUUGAUGAAGAGCUAAACAACUUAAAAAGGGAAGAAGAAAAAACACAGAUCAUCCUUGCAUGUACGUAUAGUUGAGGAAAUAAUGUUGACAAAUAGUUGAUUUUUGAUUGACCGGAAAAUAUGAUUGGAAAGUCAUCGAAUUAUGGAUUAGCGGGAGUUAAAAAAUAGUUGUGUUCGUGGUUGACCGGGAAGACAGCUUAUCACCUUAAACGAACUCCACUGGAAAUGCCUCAUUUAAGGAUAGCCUUAUUUAAAGGUAAACCUGUUGCUUUUCUUCAGAGCCUUUAUCAGCAAUGAUGUCUUGUGGUAGAAUGAACUGCGUUUGUCAUCAAAGUUGUGUAUAAAAUGGUUUUCCAGACACAACGUGACAAAGUUGCCAAAAUUGUUAGAAAUUGUGCAUUUGCUGUGAUUGGCACGAUGUGCUGCUUUUGGAUGCAAUUUCCAGCCAAAUGGAAACAAGGGGAGUGAAGUGAGUGGUGAAGGUGGAAUUAUUAUUUUUAGUGAACAAAUGUGCAUAAGUGGAAGCUUCUCCCCCUUUUUGGAACUUUUAACCCACCACGCGUUACAACUGGCGCCCGAACAUUUUUCCUGGAUCCUCAGUCAAGUAAGGGAUCCGUCUAUUUUCUGGAUCCGACGGUCCCACUGCUUCUGCAAUAUUGGUUUCAGAUCUGUCCAUUUUUUUGAUUCGUCAGUCCCACAGCGGCUUUUUGGAUCAGUCUAUUUUGUGGAAUCGACCGCCUGGUCGCGGCUGGGACAUUGCCAUGGGAUCGGUCUAAUUCCUGGAUCUUCGAGUGUGUAAAAAACGCGGAUUUGGAUUACUAUUGCAAUCUUUUUUGUUGACUAUUCUUCGUGGGAGUUUUCCCCAAAUCAUACUAAAUAAUUCAAGCACUAUGGCAGGCUAUAGUGACGACAGUGACACUAACGUGGACCUUACAGCAGGGCCGGCCCAAGCCAUUUGGGGGCCCUAAGCAAAAUAAUGCAAAGGGGCCCAUAUUUUUGGCCCACCAUUUCGUCACAGUGUACUGUGAAACCCAUAUGUCCAUAUUUUGUAUAUUAAUCAGAUUUUGUUGCAAUGAAUACUUCAAACUUCUCACCCCAAAUGAUUGUCAGUACUUACAGAUAGCACCAAACCUUUUUCUAAAAGAGGAAAGAAAGACGUUAAGGAAAAACUUUUAUUUUUUUAAGCUUGUAAUCAAGUAUCAAAACUCACAAAAGUCAAAUAAAGCAAACUGAAGUGAACAAAAUAGAAUAUAAAUCAAACAAUUGCCAGAUUGGGCCCCCCUAGUGGUCAGUGGCCCUAAGCAGCUGCAUCGUCUGCAUAUAGGCUGGGCCGGCUCUGCACGGCCUGACAACCAGGUUUGUUCCAAUUCUAUUUAUUUUCGCACCAACCUGGCAAGGGCGCGUACAUUGUUGUCCUCACUGCUCUCCGUUAUCUCGGCACCGUCCAGGCUAAGACACGUUUGUUGUUUUCCAAUGGACUACGUCGCCGUCAUUGACCCCCCCGCCCCAAAUUAUUCCUCUCAGGCACUCAAAUUUUAAAUAUCUUCUUUUUAUUAAAACCAUAGUGUAAUCAACAAUCUUAUUUUAUGAGGUACUCCAGUCGUACAGGCAAUAGAAACAGGUGUGUUUAAGCAUGAUCGAUGUUUAGCAGGUUGAGUAAUUCUAAAAAAGUAUUUAAUAACGAUUUUAACGCUCUUCUCUGUUCAACAUAAAGAUCAACUUUUGACGAGAGUGUUACUUGAGGACAUAGCUGAUGUUAAUUUCUGUUGGGAUUUUCAAUUUGUUGAUAAAGUUUUUAAUAACAUACUUAUCAGUUUA